AUGGAGGAUGAAGGAGCUAUGAAGAAGCAAAACGAAGUCGCGAUGAUUCUUUCGUGGCAUCUCUUCUCUACUGUAGCCAAACACUCUAACAACGUUUUCUCACCGGCGUCAAUAACCGCAGUGUUCACCAUGAUGGCCUCUGGCCCCGGCAGUUCUUUGAUCUCCGAUCAAAUCCUCUCCUUCCUCGGAUCUUCUUCUAUCGAUGAGCUCAACUCCGUCUUCCGCGUCAUUACUACUGUCUUCGCUGACGGUAGUAAUAUAGGCGGCCCAACGAUCAAAGUGGCAAAUGGCGCUUGGAUCGAUCAAUCUUUCUCGAUUGAUUCGUCUUCCAAGAAUCUCUUUGAGAAUUUUUUCAAAGCUGAUUAGGCUUCACUCUUCAGUGGAUUUCAAACCAAAUGUACUAAUACUCUGUUUGCUCUGUUUUUGACAAAUUUGAAAUAGUCUAGUAUCUUUUAUUUAUUGGAAAA